UCUAGAGGUCAACGAGUCCGUUUAAAAUGACGUGAAAAUUCAAAUGGGGCAAAUUUUCCAAUUGCACAGAAUUCUUGUCUUUAGUAUCUGGCAUCUGGCACCUUCAAGGAUAAGGAUAGCUCUCGCGGUAUUCUUCGCGGUUAGUCGCGGUUCUGCAUUUCUCCCUCAAGGCGAGAGACUAUAAAACGUUUAUGCGUGCACGCAUACACAUGGUAAAUGCCAGUGAAACGAAUGCGCGUCGGACCAUUAGAACAAUACGUUGGCGCGAUACGCCAACUCGAAAUGGGGCCAGAAUAGCGAAGAAAGAAACAGAGAGAGAGAGAGAGCGAGAGAGACUAGCAGCGGUGGUCUCUCCGUUAGAGUUGGGCAACGAAGCUCUCUCUUUCUCUCCCUCUCUCUCUCUCUCUCUUGCUUUCUGUUCAGGGCUCUGUCAAAGUCGGCAUAUAGUCGGCAAGUGCUACAGCUGCAGCUGCUAUCUCAGUAGUGAAGCAGAGAGCGACCACGAUCCGGGAGACCCAUCGCUCGCGCGUAUUCGCGGGAGGUCUUCCCUUCUUCUGAGAGAAUCAGUCUUUUUUUCUUCUUGAAACUUAUUCUCUUUCCAUCACUUUUUAUCUCUCUCUCUCUCUCUCUCUCUCUCUCUCUCUCGUUUGCCCACGUAGUGCAUCUCGCGAUUGAUUAUAGGUGCUUGUGCCGUGGCUGUUUGUUGUUGUGUUAUUAUUUAAUUAGUGGUAGUGUUGACUGAAUCGAGUAUAGAGUAUGACGAGAAGGCACACGUUGAUCGUGAAACUCAAGAGAUCCAGCACCGGCAGACCAUGGGGCAUAAGGAUCGCCGGAGGCGCCGAUCUGGGCACACCGAUCGUCGUCACCCGCUCGGAGAACGAGGCGCUCCAGAGGGGUGACAUGAUCAAGAAGAUCGACGAUUACGACGCGCGCGACGUGAGGCAUGUAGACGCACAGAAUCUCCUCCAAAACUCCGAUACCAUAAAGCUAGUCGUCGAAAGGUCUGAGCCGUCGAGAGCAUCAUCACGUACAAGCACCGACACUACCAUCACCGCGUCACCAUCACCACCCACGAUUUACAGGCCGAUCGUUGGCAACGGGGCUGCGGCCACUAGUCUGUACAAACAACCGAAGGAGCGUCCGCAAGAAUUGCCGAAGAGCCCAGUACCACCGCCCUCGGCCGAGGAGUACAGGUCAACGCCGACUCCGGAAUACACCCUUCGCAGCACGAUCACUUUGCCGCACGAACACCUCGACGAGAUCCGCGAGGAAAGGGUUCACCUGUCGCAGCCCUACCGUACGACUCCUCUGGUCUUGCCAGGUGCCAAGGUCAAGAAGGAUGCUCCUCUCGGUGAAUGCUACCUGCGACAUCAUCCGAAUCCGAUGAUCAGAGCGGCGCCCCAUCAUUACGAGCCGGCUCACCCUGAAGUCGCUAUGAAACAAAGGGUGGCGGAAACGGUACUUCAGCGUGUCGUGGGACCGAAUGAAGUUCCAAAGAUUGUCCACAAGCAAUUCAACUCGCCGAUCGGACUCUACUCGGAUCAAAACAUCGCGGACACUAUCAAGUGCCAAGCGUCCGCCGUACCCAUUUUUAUAGACUUUUCCUUCCUGAAACAGAAACAGGAAAUACAGGAGCAAGCGAGAAUCUUGAAAGAGCAGGCAAAGGCCGCCUCCUCGAAGAACGUGUGGCCGCAAUUCAAUAGACCAAAUUAAAAAUUAUCGAGAGACGUUCGAGACGUUUUCCGAUGCUUCUCGCACGUCGGAUCUACGACGGCAGAGUUUCCCGGUUUUCAUGUGUGGACCCGUUGGACACGUUCCCUUGUUAAAGUUAGCGAAUUAUACAUUCGUCUGUCGGGAUUGUUAGAUUAUUAACUUAGAAAUUUAUUAUUCAGCUUAAUGAGAAGAAAAAAGUUUUUAAAUUUUCAACAAAUUUGAAAAAUUAAGAUUAUCGAAGGAUUCGAGAAAUAAUUAUUACAAGUUAACAGAAAUAUUUUGGAUUUUCAUUGAAUUUACAAUUCGAUAAUUUUGCCAUGUUGUCAUUAAAAUCUCACAACUAUUUGUUUCAAACGCGAAAAAUCUUUCUACUUGUUAAUAAUAGUUUCAUUAAAUCUGGAAUUUUAAAAAAUUAUUUAAUUACCGAUAAGCAGUUUAACACAGCGAACGUGACCACUAUGCGAGUCCCUCAAAAUGAUUGUGCGAUUAUUUAUUUCGGGUUAACUUGCCGUUCAUAUUACAUAGUAGAAAUUGUAGAUACGAAUUAUUUGACGAAAUUGUAAAAUACGUUUCGUAGUGCCUCCGCGAAUCCGUGCAAAAAAGCUUUUCCUUUGGCAGUAAAUUCUUGCAUGUAGCAAAGUAGUGAAUAAUCAAUAAUGAAUACAGUAGUUAAGAAUAUGUGAAAAUAUCUACUAACUUCGUUAUUUUCUUAACGAGUGUUCGUAUGCUUGUAUCGUAGAUACCGUGCGCGAAUAAUUCGAGACGACUUUCGAAAAUUGCGCCGUUAGAAAUAUUUCUAUUUUUGCCGCAUCUUUUGAAACGACGGGCACCGCACAGAACUUAACAAUGGGAAUAAAAAUAAUCUGAAAAUUA